AUAUAUUAUUCGUUUACAGAAAAAAGGGGAAGAAAAGUAUGAAAGAGAGAAGAGAAAAUCAGAGGAGAGAGCAAAAGGAAGGGUGCAACGCGCAAUGACUUCUGCUGCUGCUUCUUCUUCUUCCUCUCUAUCUCUUCGAUUCAUUAACACUCCCAAUCCCUUCUUCUCCCCAACCCCUAAUUUCCCCCUUUUCACUCAUUUCUCCACGCGCCGCCCUUCUCUCAAUUCAACUUUGUUGAUUCAAGGGCAUAGAAGAGGAGAUAAAGAUGGAGAUGGUAGCGUGCCUCGGAAGAAGAAUACAACACAGAUGUAUGGAUUUGGGUCUAAUGAUGAGUCAGGCACUCAAAUUCCAACCCAAGUCCAAUCCAUUGUGGAAGGAUCAGGGUCAGUUAUGGUGUCUGAGUUCAAACCAGUUCCUGAUGUUGAUUAUCUACAGGAGUUAUUGGCUAUUCAACAACAAGGUCCAAGAGCCAUUGGUUUCUUUGGAACUCGAAAUAUGGGUUUCUUGCAUCAAGAACUCAUUGAGAUUCUUAGCUAUGCAAUGGUUAUAACGAAGAAUCACAUCUAUACUUCAGGAGCAUCUGGAACCAAUGCAGCAGUUAUCAGAGGUGCUUUGAGGGCUGAGAAACCAGAACUUCUUACUGUCAUUUUGCCACAAAGUUUGAAAAAACAACCCCCUGAGAGCCAGGAAUUAUUAUCCAAAGUUAAGAACGUGAUAGAGAAGCCCUACAACGAUCACCUACCUUUAAUAGAAGCUAGCAGGUUAUGUAAUAUGGACAUUAUUUCUCAUGUACAGCAAGUCAUUUGCUUUGCAUUUCAUGAUAGUAGGUUGCUCAUGGAUACUUGCCAAGAGGCAAAAAAUCUUCGAAAAAUCGUUACACUUUUUUAUCUCGACUAAGUUCCUUGCUUAUAAUUCUGUAAAUACAUUGUUUAACAGAGCUUAUUGCAUAUUCUGCCUAAUUUUGC